AUAUCUUAACAAUCUUUCUUUAAUAUUUAUUUUCUCCAUGUCUAAUCCACCUCCCGAAGUCCCAGGACAAGUUGUAGAUUCUAAAUAUCUUAAAGAGCUAAGGUCAAGAGUUAAAGAAUUAGUCGGCGUAUCAAACUUCCCUGGAGCACAACCAAUUAGUUUCAAUUCCGCGCAUUUACAAGAAUUGCAAAAUGAAAAUUAUUUUGUUUGUGAAAAGACAGAUGGAACACGUAUAUUAAUUUAUAUUACAUGUGAUAAUUCUGGCCAACAAGUAUUUUUGAUCGAUCGCAAGAAUUAUUAUCGAUUUGUACCAAGUUUAUUUUUUCCUAUUCCUGAUGAUCCAACAUUUUCUCAAUUUCAUCAUGAAACAUUGAUUGAUGGUGAAUUAGUAAAUGAUACUGAAAGUGACGGAGAGAUUACUUUAAAACUCUUAACUUUUGAUUUGUUAGUAAUAGAUAGAAAAAAUUUAAUGAAUAGACCCCUUACUAGUAGAUUGGGUUAUCUUAAAGAAAAUAUUAUAAAACCUUAUAAAAAUAUGUUAUUAAAACGACCGGAACUUGUUCAAACGCAACCAUUUAUUAUAGACCUAAAACAAAUGGAAUUUUCUUAUGGAUUAGAUAAAGUUCUUGAUUCCAUACCAAAUUUAAGGCAUAGUAGUGAUGGUUUAAUUUUUACAUCAUCAAUAGCAGGUUAUAAAACAGGAACUUUUGAAAAAAUGUUAAAAUGGAAACCACCUAAUGAAAAUUCUAUUGAUUUUUUAUUACGUUAUGAUUUUCAAGAUGAUGAGGAUAAACCAAGAUUUUGUCUUCAUAAAUGGAUAGCAAAUAAUGAACAUGCUUAUUAUGAUGAAAUGCAUGUUACAGAUGAUGAAUGGAAUGAGACUUGGAAACAUGAUUAUAAAAAUCAUGAAGGAAAAAUUGUUGAAGUAGUAUAUGAUCCUACAAUGAAUCCACAUGCACCUUGGAGAUUUUUAAGAUUUCGUCAUGAUAAAAUACGUGGUAAUCAUCAAAGUGUAGUUGAAAAGAUACGGCAGAGUAUAAUGGAUGGAAUUACUGAAGAACAGUUACGCUCACAAAUAGCAUCAAUUCGGGAAGCAUGGAAAAGAAGAGAUGAGGAGGCGAAUAAACCUAAACAACUUAAAAGACCAAAACCUGAAGACAAAUCUGAAAAUGAAAGUAGAGAAAGGUUAGAAAAUGGCAAUAAAUCUAAUAAAUCUAAAAGAUUAAAAUAUGAUCGUGAGGAUAAUAAUGAAAACGAUAAAAAGUCUCACCGUAUUAAUGAGGACACUGGGUGAGAGUGAUGAAAAAGUUGACGUUAAACUUUUGCUAUAAAUUUAUAAAUUCUACUUUCUACUUUCUACUUAAUUGUAUUCCAAAUCUGCAAACUUGCCAAACUGUUUUACCGUUUAUUUAUAUAAUAUUAUAGAGGACAUUUUUUUUUUUUUUAAUAAUAAUCAUAACUGUCAAGGAAGGUAUGUGUGUGAACAUUAAUAAAAUUCGCACUAUACCAGAAAGAUAGUAAAAAUUAUAGGCGUAUAAAUUAUAAAAUAUAUCAAACAUUUUCAACUUUCAAUCAGAUAUAGAAGACAGCAAUUUAAAAGAUUUAUUGUAUUAAUCAAAAUCAUAAAAUAAAGUUCCAUAUUUCAGCUGGUAUUA